AUGGCAGGUUGUAGGCAUUUUGUUUUUCUAGAUGGAUGCUUCUUGAAGGGGGUGUAUGGAGGGCAAUUAUUAUGUGCCGUUGGGAUAGAUGCAAAUGAUUGCAUCUAUCCCAUAUCUUGGGCUAUGGUUAGUAAAGAGAGCAAAGAUAAUUGGAAGUGGUUCUUGGAGAUCUUGGCACAAGAUUUGAGGAUAACUGAUAGCAGACAUUGGGCAUUUAUGUCUGACAGACAAAAGGGACUAAUGCCUGCAAUUACAGAGUGUUUUCCACUUAGUGAGCACCGGUAUUGUGUGAGACACAUUCACACAAACUUUCGAAAAACCUUUAGGGGCAAAGCACUAAAAGACCAACUAUGGGCUUGUGCUAAAGCCACUAACCUUCAUGUCUUUGAAAAAGAAAUGGAAAUUAUGAAGGGGAUGUCAGUGGGGGGACAUGAUUAUAUGAAAAAGAUAGAACCUAAACACUGGAGUAGGGCAUACUUUCAAAGCAAAUUUAAGUGUGACAUUCUAUUAAAUAACUUAUGCGAGUGUUUUAAUAGUAAUAUCCUAGAGGCUAGGUUAAAGGGAGUGAUCACCAUGACCGAGAUGAUAAGAACACAAUUAAUGAAAAGGAUUCAAAAAAGAAGGGAUGCAAUGAAGAAGGUGACAACAUCACAUUGCCCAAAAAUAUUGAAGAAGCUUGAAAAAUUUAAACAGUUAAGUUGGUUUUAUAAUACAACUUGGUCAGGAGGGGACAAAUACCAGGUUAUAGGGCCUAAUGGCCAGUUUGUGGUGGACAAGAGGCAGUGCACAUGCUCUUGUAGAAGGUGGCAAUUGAGUGGAAUUCCAUGUGGGCAUGCAAUAUCUGUGUUAUACUACAAUAAAGAGACACCCGAAAAUUAUCUGGACAAUUGUUACAAGGUUACCACAUUCAUGAACACCUAUAAGAAUAUACUAAAUCCUACUCAUGACAAAGAUUCAUGGCCUAAGAGUGACCAAGGUCCUGUCAUUCCACCUGAACCAGUGAACCAAAGAAGAGGUAGGAAAACACUUCUUAGGAGAAAGGAAGCUGAAGAAAACCAAGGCUUCACCAAUGGGAAGGUUAGCAAGAGAGGUGUUAAAAUGAGAUGUAGUGUGUGUGGUGAAACAGGACACAACAAGAGAUAUCAUGGACUAAAGGGAAAUAGAAAUGCUUCAGGCGGGCAAACACAUGGAGAGGCAAGCCAAGGUGAAUCCAUCACAGCAGAUGAUCAAACUGCAAUGAAUGAUGCUUUGAGACUAAUUGAUGAAAAUGAGAGAGCUGAAGCAAAUACAGAAGCAGGGGGAGAAUAUCACAUAACACCACCAGCAUUGGAUCAUCAGGUGUCACAGUUCAUUACAAUUCCUGUUCAAGCAAUUCAUGAAGCAACACCCUUAGUAGAAUAUUCUAUGAGACAGCAACAACAUGAGUCAGGGCUUCCUGUCACACGGGUUCCAACAAUACCUAACCAAAAAGCCCAUGUGGAAUUACCUACUGGAGAAACCCCAGUGAGAAGACCAAAGAUAACCAUUAGGUCUAAAAAAGCAAGGAUAAAUGAAGGACCUUCAUCUGAUGCCAAUCCACCAUUUAAAAAUCCUAUUUCUGCCGCAAUUGUCCCUAAGCUAAGGUCCCAGGAAACCGAAAAGAUGUCAAAGAAGGGAGUAGGGCGUAGGCAACAGUGUCGUCAAGAGAAAGAGGGCAUGGCUACCACCGUGAAAAUGGCUCCUCCGCUAGCUCAACCAACCCAUGAAGGAAAUGCGAUCGCUUUGUGA